ACUCGCCGUAGCUGUCUUGCGCGGUCCGCAGUCGCCGCCGCGGACGGCCGCAGAGCCUGCCUGCCCUGCCUCACCACACGCACCCGCGUGCGUUCCUCACCUGCGGGCCACACGUGAGCGGCCGCCAUGAGGGCGUGGUUCGUGGCCUUCAGCGUGGUGGCGGGCCUGCUGCUGGCAGACGACGGCCAGGCGGCCAACAUCCUGGCGCCCAUCUGGUUUCCCGGGCUCAGCCACUUCCUCAUGUUCCGUCCGCUCUUCGAGGAGCUGGCCGCCAGGGGCCACAACGUCACCGUGCUCGGACACCACCCGCCCAAGACUCCCAUCAAGAACUACAACUUCAUAAGUCUCCAAGGCAGGUUUCCGCAGCUGCACAACAACAUGACGAUGGACUUCGUGAAGGCGCUGCAGCCCCCCUUGAAGGGCCUGGUGCUACUAAAGUCGUUCACCAAGGGCAUGUGUCUGGAGACGCUGGAUAUGCCCGAAGUGCGGCAGCUGGCCACGUCGGGCGGCCACUACGACGUCGUCAUCUCCGAGUUCUUCCACGUCGACUGCCUGGCGGCGUUCGCUCACAAGUUCGGCGCCCCCCUCGUGGGGAUCACCUCCAGCAACGCGUUGCCGACCGUCCACGACAGGGUUGGUAAUCCUGAGCAUCCUGCCUACACAGAACAAUACGAUCUCUCUCUAAAAGCACCGUUCAACUUCUGGGAGAGAGUCUACGGCACAGUAAUGCACCAGGCGUUUCGCAUCCUGGACUGGUGGGCGACGGACGCACGCGUCGACAGCAAAGUGCGGGAAGUGUUCGGUGAGGACACACCUCCACUAGAACACGUGUUCCGCAACACGAGUCUGGUGCUGGUGAACAGCCACUGGAGCAUGGACCAGCCUCUCCCCACAGUGCCCGCCUUCGUCGAGGUGGGCGGACUGCACUUGGAAGAGCCCAACCCAUUGCCAGACGACAUACAGAAGUUCCUGGACGACAGUCCACACGGUGUGAUCUACUUCAGCUUGGGAUCGAUGGUGCGAGUUGAGACCUUCGACCCGGAGAAGUUCAAAGCGAUUGUGGACGCCUUCGCGUCCGUACCCCAACGCGUUCUCUGGAAAGCCGACCCGGCCAACCUCCCGGGACUGCCGCCAAACGUCAGAGCUCAGAAGUGGAUCCCACAGAACGAUGUUCUGAACCACCCCAACGUGCGGCUCUUCAUAUCGCACGGCGGGCUGCUAGGCGCGCAGGAGGCGGUGGCUGCGGGUGUGCCGACUCUGACGCUGCCGCUGUUCUCGGACCAGUUCGUCAACUCGGCCAGGGCGGUCGCCGCCGGCAGCGGCCUCCAGCUGCUCUACGACGACAUCGACGACCGCUCGUUCCGGGAGGCGCUCCAGCGGCUGCUCAACGACUCCAGGUUCCGCGAACGCGCCAAACACCGGUCGCAGCUGUUCCGGGACCGCCCCCGACCGCCGCUGGAGGAGGCGGUCUACUGGGUGGAGUACGUCAUCAGGCACCAGGGGGCGCCGCACCUGAGGUCCGCCGCCAUGGACCUGGCCUGGUACCAGUACCUGCUCAUAGAUGUCGUCGCCUUCCUGUUGGCUGCGUCGUGCUGCGUCAUAUCAGCUCUCUACCUCUUCUCGAAACUAGUGCUGCGGGUCUUAUUUCGAGGGCAGGAGGAAAACGUCAAAUUAAAACUGACAUAAUAAGUACCUCCAGAACUUCACAGGUUACCGCCUUUUCGAAACAACUUCGGUUUCGAUCGUAAAAGGCAUGGUCCCGGCACAGUGAAUAACCGUAGUUCCUGUUGCGAAAUUUCUGUGAACUUAUCUAUAGUAGAGGAACAAUUGCGUGAACGCAGUCGAUUCUGAAGAAUGUCUGAUGGUGUGAUUGGGGAUGUGUCUAAAGAAUGCUUUGCAUUCCUUCGUGUGAAGUUUCGGAAAUACACGUAAACAGAUUUCACUAGUCAUCCAGCGUAUCAUCUCGUUUAAAAUGCGUGGGAAAUAUACUUUUCCCAGUUGAGAAUUCCUCUGCCUACUACUUGGACGUUUGACUCUGCAAUAGGCCGCAUAACGGAUCGCUCUGUUCAUUUCAACAGAGGAUUAAAAGUCAAAAACAAAUAAAAAUGUUAUAAAUAAUACUAAUACAGUGGUCGCUAUCCAUCGCAACAGCUGCGAUCGGUAGCGAUACAGGCACACUUUACAUAUAGAGCGAGUCAUAGAUUUCAGUCUGUAGACACAUGACACACACACACACACACACACACACACAAAACACACACACACACACACACACACACACACACACACACAUAUAUAUAUAUAUAUAUAUAUAUAUAUAUAUAUAUAUAUUCUGAGACAUAUUGUCUAAGAGCUGAAUAUAGUUCCCAUACCUCUGUUCCAAGGUUUCCGGCCGGUUUCGCACGAUUAUAACACAAACGAUGGAACAUACAAUCCAGUCCUUCCAAAUGUUUCCGGUUCGGAGUCUGUCUGCCCAUUGCUCCACUACCAUCUCGCCUGAGAAGACUCUGAGUCUACAAUGGACUCAGCAUCGAACCGCACACUGUAUACUUAGGGAUAGAAAAUGAAGAGUGACAAGAAAAAGACAACAAAAGUAGGAAAAAUAUUUUUGGUGCAGAAAUCUUCCACAAAGGUAAUUAUUUCAAAAAGUUCCAUAGUUUUUGGAUUUACAGUUAAUGAAUCUUUUACAUUCCCUAAAAACGAAGAUCAUUGUUCGUGCGUUGGUGUACAGAUCUGAAUACAGUAUAGAGCCUCUCUCUUUUCUUCAUGGUCUCCCUGAAGCAUUAGACCGGUCGGUCCUUUGGGACUUCUUGAUUCAGUCAUCUUCUGUUGAGUCUACCAACGUUCAUUCUUCCUCUAGAAAUGUAUUGAAGCAGUUGUUUUGCACCACUUCCAUCCUUCAUUCCCUCUAUAUGUUCUUCCAUUCCUUAAUCCUUUUAUUUAAAUUGUAAAUUGUUACAUUUCUCCAGAUGAUCUCAUUUUUUCAUUCGCCUCGUCUUGUUACUGCCUUGACGGCUGUCAACAAUCUCAUGUCGGCUGCUUGGAGUCGGCUAAUGUGUGCUAGAGUGCAUAGUCCAGUUUUCACUUUCAUACAGUCUACAGUGAACUGCAAUAACUUUAUAAAAUUUUAGCGUGGUGUCCUUUCGUACUUUUGAGAGCACCAUACAUCACAUUAAAUCUGUAAAUCUUUUUUCAUUAUCCACUUUUCCGAACUAUAGUAUGUCAUAGCCCAAGAAUCUGAAGAUGUUAACUUGUUCAACAAUUCUUUUUAACAUCAGUUUGCAUCUUAAACGUUGUGAGCUUUGGAAUGCCGUAGACUUCGUUUCAUCUCUCGAUAUGUUUCAAUUACCUUUCAUUGCUAUUUUAAACAGUUCACAAAGUGCUCUCUGUAAUAAUAAACUGAACGAAUUUGUGACAUUGCUGUAAUAUUUGUAUACACAGCAAAUUAAAAGCAUUUAACCACAAAAGGACAUCACUUCAAUGCAUGUUUAAAUCAGAGUGGAAUAACGCACAAGGCUUGUACAAUACAAAUUUGUAGAGUCAUUUAUGCUCAAAGUUUUAUUCUCAAGAUAAACGUUGUGAAUCUGUAUAAGGAGUGGCUAAGCCGUUAUGUGAAAACGAAAAAGGUAACAGGUAGUUAAAUAAGACAAAAAAUGUUCAUUUCCAGAAGUGAAGUUGCUGUUCAGUCCAUGUGAGGAACGAACAGCAAAUGGAAGGCUCAGGAUGUGUGUACUGAGUUGAGUGAGUAGAUGUACACUCGAAAAUGUCUUACGGUAAUUACUCUAUACAGUCUUCCUGCUUAUUAUACACUGUUAAUCAGUUGCUUUCAGACUUAACAGUACGUGUCAUUCUGAUGUGAGACUUAUUCUCAGAUGCAGCUACACAGUAGCUGUCUACCUGCAACGCGUGAAUGGAACUCGUAUCUUAUGACAUUGUGGGAGCCAAAAACUCUGUGGUUGUUCUCACCCACCUGAAGCUGUAACAAAAGUAUCGCUGGCAGCAGUUCAUGUGAGCAAAUGAGCAUCAGACUACACGAGGAGCUAAGAAUUAAUAGGAUGAACCACGCUGACGAAAUAUCUGGUAAAUUAAGUGAAAUUUUUCUGUACAUUUCCACUUAUUGAGCCCACUGAAAGUUGAUCCAGUAAUUUGCUGUGAUAAUAAUACGAAAUUUUAAACAAAAGUGAAUGUGGUCAAAGAAGGUAAAGAAGGAUUCAACUUGGGUACAAGUAUGUCAGCCAUUUGAUGCUCUCAUCUUGGAAAUGAUAUUAAAACUAUGUAGUGAAAUACUGAAAGCCAAUCAUUAGGUCAAAAUUGUAGUAUCAAAUCUGUAAGCUAAAUUUGUAGUUCAACAUUCAUCUCAGCGUAUCAGACAUUUUUAAUUCCAGGGCUUUGUUAUCCACUUCAGAUGAGUUUCCACAUAUGUGAAAUACUGGAUUUAAGAAAAAUAUAGACCGUUCUAAAACAAGUACUUGGUAUGUCAAAUAUGAAAUGCAAUGUCUAUAGCUCCAGAAAACAAUAGUGAACAUCUGAUACAAUUCUAUUUAAUGUUGCAUACUCUCCUCAACAUAAAAAUAAUUUUCUCAGUUUGCUCUUCAGAGCUGAUUAUGUAGAAACUUACAAUUUAUGGUUGUAUAAUUCCAGCAAAGAAAUUAAAAACUAUAAUAAUUACAACUUCCUGGUUAAUUGAAACUGUCUGCUUGAUUUUAUCUCAGACCUGAAUCCUACCUCUCAAAGAGAAUGCUGAACUAUGUUUCAUUGGAUUUAGUAGUCCAUUGUCAUAUAAUACAAAUGUUGAUACAUUGUUAAACCAUUAUCAACACAUUCUUGAGAUUUUUUUCAUAUAAAUAAGGAGUUAAAAAAAUGGAAAAUGCAGUAUACAUUUCUUUGUCAGAAAAGGCAUAUAUUUAGUUUAAAUAAAAUUGGUAAAUUAUUUUCAUUAUGUGUAUGAGAGUAAAUAUCAAUGAACUUAUUAGGCAUCAUAAGUAAACUAUAAAAUAGAGAUAAUUCUUUAAAUGUGCACAUUUUUAUUACAUCACUUAUCUUUUGUACUUGCUAUUCUUUUUGUGUACCCUUGACUCUUGUGUAGAUACUGGAUGACCAUAAUAUGAAUUUCCAAGUAAGUAAAGUGUGGCAGUGGGUAUACGAAAACAACAGGUAACAUGAUAGUAUGGUAAUGAUAAAUAACAACUGUGUAACUGUAAAUAGUUAAAUAGCCUAAAUAUGCACCAGGAAACACAUGACUCAUAUCAAACUGCGCAGAAUCAAACAAUUAUCGUUUAUUUAAUUGACUAUAGAUGAUACUUAAUAUUAGUAGCUACAACAUGUUUGGUUAAAAACAAAAUAUUCUGUUGCAGAAGAUUAAUAACAUUUACUAUUGUGCACAUGGAGAACAUAACUGAAACACCAAAAUAAUGGCUGCAAAUAUUAAGAGUGUCAACAAAUUAAUUAAUAAAUUAACUUCAUUUCUUUCAAACAAAAGA